AAAUUUUGUUAUGUUCGGAACUAACAAGAGUCUUGUUUGAAACAGUGAUUUUCUCAGUCGUAAAAAUUGUAAUUGUAAUUGUAAUUUUUAUUAACGUCACGCAAACUUAUCGGUUAAACCAUUAUUUAAGUCAAGGAAACGGCCAUUAUUUAAGUCAAGGAAAAAUCGUUUCAAAACUCUAUAAAACACAGAAUCACUUUCCGCACAAUGCCUCCGAAGCGGAAAGCUCCCACGACGGACGAAGAUGACGAUGACUACCGCAAAAAGCGCAACCGAAACAACGAGGCCGUAAAGCGUAGUCGCGUGAAAUCUAAACAGCGCACCGAAGAAACCCAGCAGAAGGUGAAUGAUCUCCGGGUGAAGAAUCAAGUGUUGGAGGAUAAAAUCAAGAAUCAGACAAAGGAGCUCAAAUUUCUGAAGGAGCUUUUUCUCACCCAGGCACAGGCCAAAUCCGACAAAUUGGUGGGGGUCAAUCUGGCGGAAUUGCUCAAGAGUUCCGAUGAAGAAGAGGACGAUGAGGAGGGAAGUGACGAGGAGAAAGCAAGCAGUCGGAAGAACAAAUCGAAGGCGGGUAGCAGUAGGAGCAGCAGCAAAGCGGGUUCUUCCAGUAAAAGUUAGUUGGUAAGAGAAGGUUUGUUGGUUUAUAGAAUCUAUGUUUGUUUAGGGUAUAAGUAAUCGAAUAAGAAUUCGAAAGUUUUAAGACUAAA